AUGGCCACAGCGGAAACUCAGGCGCUCGGCAGCCGCGAAGGCGACGAAAACAGCGCACCAUCACUCAAAACAGAAGAGACACGUGAACUUCAAUUCUCUGCAUCACUAUCACCGCCUGUCACAGCUGCAAUUGGCGGCGUUGUCACGUCUAGUAAUAACAUGAACUCAAAAAUCAACAAGCGGUUUCGGGAUCUGCCGGACAAUCUCCGGUUUCAAGGCCAAACGCCAAGUGGGAAGCCUCGGCUGUUUGUGUGCAAAGUGUGUACCAGGGCAUUUGCGCGACAAGAACAUCUCGUUCGGCACGAGCGUUCGCACACCAAGGAAAAACCGUAUCAUUGCGGAGUAUGUGAGCGCAAGUUUACCCGCCGAGACCUACUGCUGCGACAUGCGCAGAAGGCCCACAACGGAAACUGUGGAGACUCAUUAAAUUCAUCACGCCGUAAACGCAAAAGUGUGUCUCUCGCAGAUACACAAUCUCCUCAGACGGAUGCAGCAGAUCCCAGCAAUGCUACAGAGGCCGAGACCGGCAAAACCCGCAAGAAGCCUCGGGCAGUGCGAAGGAGAGCCUCUUUCUCUGCACAGUCCGCCGAAAAAUAUGCCGGUUUGUCGAGACACCGCCAAGACGGCGCAGACAUGGGACGGGUAGAGUUUUCCACACCACAACUACUACCUAUUGACUUGACCACUGAUGAAGCGUGUUCGGGCAGUACAAAACAAACCGUGGGGAGCACAGUGGGUUCAAGCUUUAAUCUCUUAGACCGUAAUACGUGGAUCAGCGAAAUGAACUCACUACCAAUGUUAGAAGAGUCAAGUGACUCUGGAGACUCUCCAUUGACAGGCACUAACAUCGUUAGUAGAAGUAGCGACUGGAGCAGAAGAAGCAGUCGCGGAAGCAGUAAUAACGGCAACCUGUCUAGUUUAUUUUCGAGCGGUAUUGCUAAUCUCAUGGGAACAAAGAGUAAAAGCGGCAGGCGCAACUCCUCGUCGUGGAAGUUUGAAGGAAAGAAUUUAGUGGUAAACUCUCUGUUUGAUUCUAAUAUUCAUCAAAAACAAGGCGCUGUUUCGAAAGGAAACCUAAAGCCUGGAGACCCAGUACCUUCGCUUUUCGGUACGACACAAUCAGAAAUAACUCAGCCGCGCAAACUUGAUCCAACCCACGACAUCAUAUCUCGGUUUAAUGAAUUCCAAUUUGCUAUCAAAACUAAUACAGGACUUCACUCUAUUGAAGCUGCGGUGGCACUAGAGAGUGUUUCGUCUAUGGCUGAACAUCCUCGCCUAGAUCCUGCUGCCGUUUUUCAAGCCCCUCAUUAUUCACAUUCUGCAAUCAGAGUUGAAGACUCGGGAAAGUUUGAUUUAUCCCCUGAUGCAGAACAAUUGUCAAGUAAGCCAACUGCGGAGGGGCAUAAUUUUCUGGGCUUGGCAAAUCUACAAACAACACCACCUAUCGUACAUGAAAACCCAACUACAACAUGCCAAUUCUUCACCAAAGAAGUACGAGACAUGUGCGUUGAGACUCUUCAAUUCUACUAUGAUAACUGUUCGGAUAGGCAUUCUGCGGCCGCUAAAAAAUCAGGUUCAGAUCUUCCUUCUUGUCAAGAGCUUAACACCUACGCAACGUACUUUGAAACUUCCUUUUUGGUGCAUUAUCCCUUCAUCCAUCCGCGCCUACUCUCUCUAGGACUAGAAGAUUUUAAGAAAUAUAUUCAUGAGGGACAGACAAAAUUCACAGAAGAUGAGAUGUUCUGUAAUUCUAACAUUGUAUGCUUACCUUUGUUCAUUGCAACUAUAGGAUCAUUAUACAAGCCAGGGGCGCGCGUUCAAAGUCUGGAGCUGUACGAGAAAAGUCGUCGAGCUCUGCAUGUUUACUUGACUACGCGGAAAAGGCAAGAAGAGAGAAUGGCUGAAAAGAAAGAGACUCGGGGAAAGUUAUGGCUUAUUCAAUCACUUUGUUUAAGUGUUGUAUUUGCAAUGUUUGCAGACCCGCUCGAGCGAAUUAAUGCAGAAAUGGUGGUAAAGCAAGUAUCAGCACUUUGUUCCCUAGUAAGAACUAGUCUUCUUCCAACUGCAUCAACGCCUGUGUUCUUUUUCGAGUCUCUGACUCAAUAUGUUCUUUAUGAAUCGACAGUGCGCACCGUUCUCAUGACUUAUAAGGUGUGUCAAUUUCUAAGGGUUUUUUGUAACAUUGAUGCCCCCCUGUUUCUGAAUGACUUACAGAUUAACGGAACUGUAAUUCCAGAUAGCGAACAUAUAUGGCAGUCUGCUUCAUUCCAAGAGAACCCCAAGCGAUGUCAUAAGCAGUACACCACAAACUUUGAGAAAUUCUAUCGAAGUUUUGCUUUCAGCAAUGUGGGAAUGCAUCUCAUUCCUGAAUUUGUUUGUAGCGCAAUGCUAUUUUAUGAAUUUAACAACAUCAAAAAGAACAGGUCUUCUAUUCCGCUUCAAGUCUUUCUAACGAAAAUCGAUACCAAAAAGUUGGAGAUGAAUUUGCCUCAUUCGAAUUCCCUCAUACCAAGCUCUCUAAUUUUAAUCGAAAGUGCUAUUGAUAUGCGAAAUUCCUUGACAUGCAUGGUCUUUUUUUGCAAAAUUGACCCUCUAUUCUCUCAGAAGGUAUGGAAUAACGCCAUACUGGAGCUGUACGAAAGCUUCUUGAUUUCUAAGGAAACUAACAUCCUGGCACAUGGAUCAUACGGGAUUAUCACUGAUUUUCUCGUUGCCCUCAAUUUCUCUAUUAAGAACAUCUCUAAACUAUUCAAAAGCAAGGAUGAGUCAAUUGAAUUCAAUCGAUCGAAACUGUCGGUUCUUAAUUUAGAGGGCUAUUAUUAUAACUUUUUGGUUGUUAUUAAAUUCAUCAUGGAUUUUGAGGCAACUCCCAAUUUCAAACUACUUUGCAUUUACAAUGAAUUGAAGAAACUGGCGAAUCAGCUGCUUAUCCCAAAACUUGCAUCGGUUUGUCCGGAGGAGUUCACAAAGUUUGCUCCUGAGAGCAACGCAUUGCAUAAAAAAAUACCACCAUCCUCCAUAGACAUGGACCAUUUGGAAAAAUUGAUAAAUAAUGUCCUUGUUUAUUCAUUCAAUGAUGCCAAUUUCCUUAAAAUGCCCGAACAAUCCUCUACUGAGUUCGCCUUUAGAAACCAAAAAUCAUUUCAAGCACCACAACAAGAAGAAAAUUCUUUGGGGCCCUCAGAUUCGUUUGCGACUAUUCCAGGCGAACGAGGCAUGGACGAGGUCGGAGAGAACAAAAGGAGAGAAGGCUUUGCCGAUCAUUAUCAUCUAUCUGAAAAAUAUGUUGUUGUGGCGAAGUGCUUCUUCUAUUAUAUCUUUGAAAGAUUUGCUCAUGCCCACUUCCUCGAAAAACUGUCGCUGGACUUUCUAGCUUUGGAAAGGCAAUUGGACCGAAGCGACGUUAACGCUUUUACGAGUAAAAUCGCGAAGGAUUUCCAAAAUAUUGAUUUUUCGAACGUGACGUCGGGAGCAGAAAUUGGUGACAAAGUUCUUCCUUCCAAUAACUAA